AUGACACUACGGAAGGUAAACCUGGUGAUCCUGGUGCUCCUGGCUGUGGCGUUUCUGAUCAUAGUUCAGAGAAACCUCUUCAACCUCAGCGACUUUUUACGCAAGGAAAAUCCAGACGCUAUUGUGGUUCUCCCGUUCGAGUCGAAGCUCUCUCAGGACUCUGGUCUGGACUCUGGUCUUGACCAGGCUCUGGACUCUGGUCUGGACUCGGGUGCCAGGUCUGGGGUCCAGAUUCCGGUUCUCAUCACAGCGGCUGAGGAGCGCCUGGGUGCUGCGGUGACGGCCAUAAACAGCAUCUUCUCCAAUACCAAAGCCAACGUGGUCUUCACCAUCGUUGCUCUGAACCAGACUGUGCGACAACUCAGGACCUGGAUGUCUGAACCAAAGCUCAAGCGCAUUAGGUAUAAAAUUGUUGUCUUUGAUCCUGAGCUGCUCAAAGGGAAGAGUCUCCAUGAUCCAGCCAGAGCGCAGGCUUCGAAACCAUUGUCUUUUGUUCGAUUCUAUCUCCCGCUGUUCGUCCCCGACGCUGAGAAGGUCAUUUAUGUCGACGAUGACAUCAUCGUACAAGGAGAUAUCCAGGAGCUGUUCCAGGUUCACAUUAAACCAGGACAAACCGCUGCCUUUUCAGACGACUGCGACUCUACAGCAAAAGGAAUUGUUCGAGGAUCUUCACAUCAGAAUACCUACCUAGGGUUCCUAGACUUCCGUAAACAGUCCAUUAAAGCCCUGGGACUUCGUGCCAACACCUGCUCCUUCAGUCCUGGAGUCAUCGUUGCAAAUAUGAGCGAAUGGAAAAAUCACAACAUCACCGAGAAACUGGAGCAGUGGCUGGAGCUCGACACACGUGAGAACCUGUUCAGUAAAACUUCGGGCGACAGCGUCACUCCUCCGCUACUCCUCGUGUUCUACAGACGUCACGCCAACAUCACUCCCAUUUGGCACAUCCGUCACCUGGGUUCCUUAGGAGCUGGGAACCGGUUCUCCUCCGGGUUCCUGCGAGCGGCAAAGCUGCUGCACUGGGACGGUCACUACAAACCCUGGGGCCAUGGUGCCGCCUUCACAGACCUCUGGGACCAGUGGUACAUUCCAGACCCCACUGGGAGCUUCCACCGCAUCCGCCGCCAUGAUGACAGACUGUAA